CACGUGCAAUGCAAAAUAGUUAUUAUUUAUUAAUUAAGUUACAAAUUUAUUAUUGAAUCAUAAAUCUUAUUUUGUAAUUACUAAUUAAGUAUUAUUAAAGUACAUCGCAUCCUGCUUCAAACAAUGAGCGAUUGUGAAUCGUUAGUGUCGUUCGACUCGGCUCCUAGAAUUCGGAAAAAAGGUAUUGUGUACCUGUCGUCAAUACCGAAGUACAUGAACGUAACUAAACUGCGCGAGCUGUUGGGUCAGUACGGCGAAAUAGGCAGAGUGUUUCUACAGCCGGCUUCCAAUCCGAACCUGAAAAAAAGACCGGCCAAACAUUUCACAGAGGGUUGGAUAGAAUUCGAACGAAAAAAGGUCGCCAAAAUGGUCGCAGAAAUACUCAAUGGCAAGCGAAUCGAUUCCCGAAAGAGUAGCAAAUAUUUCGACAGUGUGUGGAAUUUAAAAUACUUACCCAGAUUCAAAUGGGUCCAUUUAAAUGAACGCUUAGCUUAUGAAAAAGCUGUACGCAAACAUCGUCUACGAGCCGAAGUAUCACAAGUAAAAAGGGAAGCAAAUCACUUCUCCUCUAAUAUCGUUAGAAGCGAAAAGAAUAAGUUAUAUCAACAAUCAAAUGUAAAUUUUAAUGUUCAACAAAGAUUGCCAGAGGAAGAAUUUUUACAAAACAAGAACUGUGUUCCAGAUAUGGAAUCAAGAACAGACUUUUUAUCAAAGCUUUUUGAUAGUUAAUAAUUUAAUAUAGAUACAUAAUCAAUAAAUGUAAAUAAAUUUAAUUUAACAUUUUAGUUCAUUUUUAAAGCUAAUGCAGCCAACUUAUUUGCCAUUAAACA